CGUCCCGCAGCGAUCAGGACGGUAGAAAUUGGGCUUUAGGAUUUCAUUGGUUUGCCGUUGUAGGCAGAGACACGAAUUGCAAGAAUGGACUUUUCAGAUCUGAACGAUCGGCUUCUCUUCGCCAUCCCAAAGAAGGGACGUUUGCACGAACACUGCUUGACCCUUCUCAAAGGCGCCGACAUUCAAUUCCAUCGUCGCAACCGGCUCGAUAUUGCCCUUUCUACCAACCACCCAAUCGCACUAGUGUUCCUCCCUGCCGCUGAUAUUGGGACAUUCGUCGGGGAGGGCAACGUGGAUAUUGGUAUUACUGGCCAGGACAUGGUGGUCGAGUCCAGAGCGAAUGUGGAAGAACUUCUCCAGCUUGGAUUUGGAAAAUGCAAUCUUUGCGUACAGGUGCCCAUAAGUAGUCCAGUAAAGAGUGCCCGCGACUUGGUGGGCAAGCGGAUUGUAACGAGCUUUGAAUCUGUUGUGAGAAGAUAUUUUGACGCACUGGAAUCGGGAUUGGAUGAGCAAGCUGCUGCUGCAUUAUUGAAAGGCGGUGCCAAAUUAGCUGAUGGAGAGCGAUCAAAGGCCACAUCAAAGACGACUAUCAACUACAUUAACGGAUCGGUAGAAGCCGCAUGUGCAUUAGGUUUGGCGGACGGAAUUGUUGACCUGGUUGAGUCGGGAGAAACAAUGCGUGAGGCCAAGCUGCACGCCAUCACAACUCUUCUUACAUCGCAAGCGGUUCUUAUCUGCAACCCCAAGAAACGAAGUACCAACCCACUCAUUGAGACACUUAUGCGACGUAUCCAGGGUGUUAUUGCAGCACAAAAGUUUGUAUUAUGCAACUAUAACAUCUCACGGGAGAGACUCCGUGAGGCCGUCCGAAUCACUCCAGGUAAAAAGGCGCCUACAAUCAGUCCACUGGAAAACAGCGACUGGGUUGCAGUGUCGUCAAUGGUUCUCAAGGACCAGGUGGCGGAUAUUAUGGACAGAUUGGAAGCCAUCGGGGCGACUGACAUUCUUGUGUUCCAAAUCCACAACUGUCGUGUAGUUUCGUGAACGUGUAUAUAGCAUUAAAGUAUGUAUGACCGCAAUAGUUUGAGCUAGAUAGUCGUCGUACUCGCAUCAUAUUAGACACAUGUGCCGUUAUCGCCAAAGGUUCAGUUCUAAUUGGAGUUCAAUCUAUACAUAUCUACA